UGCAUCCUGUCUAUUCAAAGAGACGCGUCCUUCCUCGGCACGCCGCUUUGUGAGCAGGAACAGCCUUUAAAUAAUCACCACGACUCUGGCCAGGCCGCCAACGGUGACCGGAAAGUCUCCGAAGGCGAUAUCCCAGGGACCUCUGUUGUCGUUUGCCUUUAUUACCUAAUUAUUUAUGUUUUGGUCCUAAGUAAGAUGGCUACUGACUGUUCCCUUCCCUUUUCCUGAUCUACACAGCGGAGCGCUCUAAGCGCUUCUGAGCAUGAAGCGGUUCAACGCUUGUUUAUAUAGACUGAGUGCAGACUACGGGGUUGCUCACUCAUAAAGGCAGGGGCUGACUGACUGGAAGGUGGGACAUGGAGCUCUGUAGUAAAACGCUCAUUGGCUAUUCAAGACAGUUAUAUGAAUAAUUAAUUUUACCAGACGUACAGCCAAUGAGAAAGCACGUUUAUUUUUUGGACGAAUCAAAACUAAAGGCGGGCGUUAGUUUAAUCUAAACUCACUCCGAUUGGCUUUAUCAAAACGGAGUAGGCGGCGCGGCGUGUACUUUGCGAGCAAUAUAUGAAUAUUCAAUCAAAAUCCUUUUGAUUCGUUCUUUGUCUUAUUAAUAUUGAGUAGUGCAACACGGAGAUCCAAUGGCUGCGAAGAAAUGAACCUUCUUAGAAUAAUUUCAACAAAACCCGCCCUGCUUCCGAUAUUUGCCGAGUGUGGCCGAUGUGAAUUUCUUCCCUCAGAGCAAAAAUAAAAAAAAUCUCUGUUCUCCCGUUCGUCUCGCUCUAGAUCAGCCUGGGCUCUAAGAAAAGAGGCUCAGGGCUGAGGCCUGUUAAGACCUUUGAUUAAACAAGGAAAAAUGGUCGAAAUACAUGAUGUUUUCAUACAGAAACACUGUAUAAUGGAUUAUUUUCGAGUUACUUUAGAAAGACGUCGACUUUUCGGGUUUUCGUCCUCUGCAUUUUUGGAUCUCUGGGACUUUUUUGCAAGCCUCGGACUCGCCUGCGAGGGAUGGCCGGCCAAUGGACUUGAUUUUCCGUACGCCCUGUAGGAAAGUCUCGGGGGAGCCUUAAGUGUCAAUUUAACGGCGGUUUUUUAACUGGUGUUGAUACAUUUUACAUAUUCGUGCUAUUUUGGUGAUUUAAAUCCAGUUGACCUGUUCACUUGUUGUCACGCUUUCAAUAUUUUUGUUAAAAUAUGAAACAUUGUCGUAGGCCACGUUUUGAAAGUAGUCUGAAAUGCUGUGGGUUUUGGCGGUUGAAUUAGAUCAGUUCCCUAGUUAUGUAGUUGGUUACUAACUUGAAUAAUUAUAAACUAGGAUUUAGACAAGUGAUUUACUAGCCACUUGUUUGCCUUUUUGAACAAUAACGUUCACAUUGUGCGUUCAUAGCGCUACAACCGGUGUUAUAACGUUAGCUAGCUUAAGGUAGGACUUUGCCGACAUCGACGGUCCAGCAGAGGAAGGCAUCACUGGAGCCCAGCAGCAGAGAUACAUGCCACAUCUGCAGAUUCAUUAUUGACCAGCUGGCUCCCUCCUCUGGCUCAUAUGGAGAUCGAUCGGCGGUGCGAGGACAUUGCACAACCACAUUUUCAAUGCGGAAGUGAGUCCCGCAGGCCAGGCGGAAGUGCGCCCUCUACUGCCCCAAGGAGGCCAGUGCACGGAGGCCUGGUGUGUCAGCUGUAGCUCGGCCACAGAAGCAGGAUUUGCUGCGUCCUCCCUGUAAAGCCGCUGCUUCCUCUUUAAGAAAUCACCGACAUUUGAACCCCUCGAACGUCGCUCGGCUUCCCACUUUGAUCUCAGCCCAAGUCAGCUGGAGAGCAGACACGUUACUUCUAGUUUUAAUUGUCCUGUCCUGGAGCCACUCACGACUGCUGUCAUGUGUCGCGUUUGCACACACCCUGCAUGCUUUGAAAACGUGCAUGAGUUGAGAGGACGCGCGGGGAGGAGGAAAAAAAAAAAAAAGUUCGUCUAACUUGAAGAGCCGGAGAGGUCACAGGAACAACACCCAAUCCCAGAGCGGUUCCCAUGGAGACAAGUGUGGCAGCGUACAAUGAGGACGUGCGCAUACACAGACCGAGGGGGAGAGAGAGAGAGAGAGAGAGAGAGAGAGAGAGAGAGGGAGAGGGAGAGAGGGAGUGUGAGGGGAGAGAACACAUCGCAGCAGAGAUGCAGCAGGAGGUUUUCCGAGGGAGCAGAAUUAUGGGAAUUACGUGCUGGGCUGAGAGCUAACAGAGCAUGGAGAGUGUGGCGUUCAGGACAUGGGCAGGUUCGCUGGUGCGUGGAGCGGCAUGCGAAAACACCACGAUUUCGGGGGCUGGUCAUGGUGUCCGGUGAGAAGGUGUGGGACCCCCUCCAUGCGGGCCUUAUUCAGACGAGUCUGAGUGAGCAACACCUGGAUGCUGGGCUAAAUCCCCUCUGCAGCUUCACACAUUGUGCACCUAAGGACACCAAGUGCCGCCAGAUUCAGCAUUCAUCACCUUUGUCUUCCUUGUUAGCGGCAGUAGAGACCCUUCACCCAGUUCGGGCCUCCUCACUUUUACACAGAGAGAUCGAAGGACUACACAAACCAGUCUGCUGUCUUGGAGUCGCCUCCCAGCCUGAAGAAGAGGAGGAGGAGGAAGGGGAAGCUGAGCAGUUGGAGAUGAAGGGUAAAAGGCAUGGAGGCCGGGGAGAGGCUAUGAUGGAGGACAGGCUGGAGGACAUGGCUGAUGGACCUAAAAAUGCAAAGAUCACCCUAAGCUUCCCGCUCAGUGCCGGCCCUCUUCCAGCCUCUCUGACAUCUCCAAACCAUUGUCGCAACUCCUCCUCAUCCUCAUCUUCCCCCCACCGACGGCGGCCAUCCUCCAAGAGUUCAGAUGAGGCAUCGUUGUGGAAACUGGAUGCUACCAUGGACGUAAAGCACAGACCUUUUAAGCCCCCGAGGCACGACAGCUCUCCGUCCUCUUCACCGUCCUCCUCCUCAUCUCCCAUGACUGUUCAUGCACUUAUCAGGAAGGAUAUAAAAUCCCCGCCUCCUCUGAAGUGCUCCAGACUCAAUACAGAGACUCAGUUUCACAGGUCGCCCCCGAGAUCCUCCGGCGGGUCUUUAGGGGGUGGUUAUAGCAGUGAUGGAUGGGAUGAGAGGCACAGGUUGGCCAAUGGUACAGCAUCACCCUCUCAAACUGCCCAGAUCCUCUUUAGUCUGGGCACAUCAGCCUAUCAGAGAGGAGGGGACGCAGAGAGGAGAGAGAAAAUAACUGGAAGGCCAGCUGGGAAAGUGGGAAGCCCUCAUGGACCAAGUCUUCACCCACCCACCCUCCAUCUCCCUCCCCCCUUACCGCCGCCCCCUCCUCCCCCAUCAGAGGGUCUUACCGCACCCCCACACUCUUCCUCCUACUCCCCUACCGACAGCCUGAAGCCCGAGCUGAUCUGCGGCGUCUGCCACCGGCUUUUCAGCUCAGCCUCCUCCCUGACGGUCCACAUGCGGCUGCAUCGUGGCAGCCGCGCCCUCAGUUGUCGUUACUGUGGCAAAGUCUUCAUCCACAGCAAGAGGCUGCAAUCCCAUGAGGCCGCCUGCAGGGUGCCAAGCCUACCCUCCAACAGCCUGGGCCCUCCUCCGCUCACUGUGCAGCCAAAGGAGGAGCCGCUGGAGGACGGUGAGGUGAGAGUGGAGGGGGGAGUGAUUGUGGGAGAAACAGACAUCAGUAAGGCGCGGCCAGGGAAGAAAGCACGGAGCCUCCUGGCACGUAUCCAAGGUGAUGAUGCAGCAGCCACAGAGAUACUCGAGGGUGAUGAACACCAUUUUGUGAAGGUGGUAGAUGGCAAUGUCAUUUACUUCUGCUCUGUGUGUGAGCGUUCCUACAUGACUUUAUCCAGCCUGAAGCGUCACUCUAAUGUGCACUCAUGGCGCCGCAGAUAUCCCUGCCAUUACUGCGACAAGGUCUUUGCCCUGGCUGAGUACCGCACAAAGCAUGAGGUGUGGCACACAGGAGAGCGACGCUACCAGUGCAUCUUCUGUUGGGAUGCCUUUGCCACCUACUACAACCUCAAAACACACCAGAAGGCCAUUCAUGGGAUUAACCCCAGUCUCAUCUCCAGUGAAAAGACUGCUAAUGGGGGUUACAAGCAGAAAGCGAAUGCCCUCAAGCUUUACCGCCUUCUCCCCAUGCGUUCCCAGAAGAGACCCUACAAGACCUACAGUGACAGUUUGCAUAAUGGCCUGCUCCUGCCACCAACUGAAACACCUUCCCUCUCCCUGCCUGGCCUGGGCUGUGCUCUGGGCCCAGGGGACCUACAAAGUCUCAUCAGUGGGGCCCAUCCUCAGAGUGUAAAGCCUGACCCAGAUGCCUUCCCCGAUGGCUUCCCUGUUUCUGUGGCUGAGCACAGGGACCUCUCCACACUAACACCCCUCCCCCAAACGGACAUGCCCCAAGUUAGAAAACAUGACAGUGAGGCCCUAGAGUUGGAGCAGGGUAGAGGCAGUGGCAGCUUCAAAAUGUCUAGUAGCAGCAAAACCAAAACUCCCAAGAGUGGCAGAGGCACAGAAACAAGCAUGCCUUCUGUGAUAACAUAUGGCCAUACAAAACCCUCUGUCAUAGUUCAUGGAACAGCGGUGUCAUCCUCUGUCAUUGUGCACAGCAACCAGGUCACCUCUGGAAGUGAAAAAAGUCCGUUGAACAGCCCCUCCCCUGACAACAGCAGCAGUCAGACUUCACACAAGAGCAGUCCCAGGCCGAUCAAAACACAAAGAGAUAGUGCAGAUAGUCAUAGAAAGAGGUCAAGAGACAGUUCAGAUACCACAGACGAGCGCUCAGGAGGUAGACAGGAUGCAGAGACAGGCAGAUUAUUUCACAGAUCACGCAAGUCCCACAGCAAAAGUGAGAUCUCUAGCUCCAAGCAGCUGUCAGCAUCUGUAGGGUCACAGGUCAAAGAGGCAGGACCACUGUGCCAGAUCACUGUACGUAUCGGUGAGGAAGCAAUAGUGAAGCGCAGCAUCUCUGAAACAGACCUUAGAAGAGACAAGAGCCUUUCUCCCCCGAAAACCAAACGGUGUGAGACAUCAUCUGUGCGGGAAGCUAAGGAACCACGCCAUUCUCACUCCCACCACCAUCACCAUAAGCACCGCCUCCACCGCAGAGCCAGUUUGGAAGAAGAAGAAGGUGAAAAGGAAGAAGGAGAAUGUGAGGAAGAGGAGGAGGAGGAGGUCAGGAAAAAGAGCUCCAAAUCCCCUGAUGAAGUGAGGGAGUACUACUUCCGACGGGAGGUUCGCGAGCAGGAGAGCGACCAUGACACGCAGGAUAAUUUAUGGAGGCCUUACUACUCCUACAAGCCUAAGAGAAAGGCCCAAGCACACCUACAGAGGGUCAAGAGCUGGCAAAGGAAACUGAAGUUUAAGCGUUCCAUUCGGCUGAAGAGGAGAGCAGAGAGGCUCAAGAACCAUAUGAAUAAAGAAACGGAUAAAUCACAGGACGAGGAAGAGGAGGAUGGGAAGAUUGUGGAAGCUAAAAAAGUGUCAAAAGCCAACAGAGACAAGGGAGAGAGGAAAAAGAAAGAUUAUCUCUCCACCCCUUUAAAGGAGAAAAACAAAGAUGCAGAAGAACAAGUUAAGGAGGCCCGUCAUGACCUCGCCGCUCCUCCUCUGCCCUCUCCAAAGCCUCCUGUCUCUACCUCAGUGGCUCCUACGGGAAUAAAGAGGCGGCCUUGGACUAAUGGGAAUGCAGCAGAGUGUGGUACAUGUGGCCGCUGGUUCUCAAGCCCCAGGAAGCGAGACAAACACGAGCUGAGCCAUCUGCUGGAGUUUGUAUGCCUCUUCUGCCGAGCCACUUUCCCCUCAAGGGAUAAAUUGGAAGCCCACCAGAGAGCCCAGCAUCCCAAGCCUACCGAGGCACUCUCUGUACUCCCUAAAGUGGCACUUGGUGAACAAGUUGAAGGGGUUGGGGUUAAAUCUCCACCAGAGAUGGCAAAGUAUGAUGAAGAAAAAGGAGGGCAAGUAGGCUUAGUAGGGAGUAAUUCUAGCCCAAGCCGUCUAAGCAGAAGAGCAUUAUCACGACACACCUGUCCACAGUGUCAUAAGGUGUGCAAGACCUCUUCAGCACUGACUCGCCAUAUCCGACGCCAUGAGUUAAGCAGUUCCCCAGAAAGAGAAAAGGACGAUAAAGAAUCAGAGCCAAAAACAACAGAGACAGUUGUUAACACUGUUUGCAGAGACCUAGAGACUGAUAAAGGACAGGUUCCCAGUGCUCUCUCUGUUUCAGUUAUCAGUUAUUCAACACCAGACCCACCUGGCAGUGGUGACUGUUCGGCAUCACAGCAGCAUAAAGACCAUCUCAGUGAACUGGCAGAUGAGCAUCACAUGUCAGAAUUCAGCGACAAACCUGAAUUGACAGAGCUCACACAUCCAGCUCUGGAGAGAGAGCCCAGCCCACAAAUUGCAGAACCCCUAUUAGAAAGCCCGGUAAACUUUACGCCAACUAAACAUGAUUUCACGCCUGCCACACCCUCAACUCUCCAAAGUGUGCUUGUCAUGAAUGGACCUGAAUGUCUGGACUACCGCACCCCCAGCAAAAAGAACCUCGACAGCCAGAUCCACAGAAUACCCAGCCCUGCGCACAUCGCGGCAUCCACCAACACCUCUCCAAAUGUGCCCAUGACAUCACAGACCAGAAUAACCACUGCUGCUCCUCCUGUUUCCAUGACAACAGCGCUCAUCUCUGAGGGGGGAUUCAUGAAACGGGAUGGGGUCAUUAUGGACAGAGAGAGGCAGGGUGGGAACAGUGUAUUUUUACGUGGAACCUACGAGGAACCACCUCUGGUCCAAGAUCUCAGAGUUCAGUCCCUGUCCAGGUGUCCCUCUCCCGAUGAAGCACAAGACCUGACCAUGUCCUCUAUUCUAGCUAGAGAGAGGGAGAUAGAGAGGCAGAGAGAGAAAGAGAGGGAGCUCGAGAGACAGAGAGAAAGGGAGAGGGACAAAGAAGUGGUGACAGAGAGAGAAACAGAGAUAGAUAGGGGCCCGCAGAUGAGUAGAGUUGCACAUGCCCCAGAGGAGCAGAUUUCUCUGCUGGUGCCUAAAGAGGAGCCCUUGAGCCCUGUGCCGUCCCCCCAGCAUAUCCCCACUCAAACCACUAUGAAUGGACCCUCCUCACACAGGCACACUCCCAAGUCCCCCUGUCGAUCCCCCUCCACUAUCGGACUGUUAGCUCACGCCAACCGACAGGUUCACUCCACUUCACAAGGACUUGACAGGCUCACACUGCCCACAGGAGCAGCUGGUGCCGGUGACCGCCCCUCUGCCCACGCUCUGCUUCUCCCCCGAGCCCCCCAACCACCUGAGCCUGAACACCAGGACACUGUUUCUUCCAGAGAUUCCCAGCAGGGGGACACCACCCCUGUGGGCUACCCUUCCCAGAAUUAUCCCCUACCCCUCAUUGUGCCGGACAGCUACCGCUCUGGUAAGAAGCAGGAGGACAAUCUGCUCAUGUCCUCUUACCCCGCUGGAGCGCUUCCCUUUGGCCCACUGGGAAAAAUGAUGGUCCCCAAUGGCGGCGACCUGGCUAAGCUGCCAUUUUAUCCGGACCCUUACCAGCUGCUCUAUGGGCCCCAGCUGCUGGCCUAUCCUUAUAACCUGGCAGCUCUUCCUGUGGCUCUGAAUAUGAUGGCACCUGGAGGGGACAAGGUGGAGCCUCUGCCUUUCCUCCCUGCCAUCUUCAACUACGCAGCCGCUGCUGGACCCUACAUGGGCGCAGCCCCUCACCCGCUUGUGGCCAAUCCCAGCCUCUACAGCAGCGGCAGCGGCAGCAGCAAGAAGCAACGAGACAGCAGCGGCAGCAAACCGUAGGACACAGAAGCACUCUAAGGAAUAUAAUUCAAUGGGGACUGCCUGGCCUUUUGAGGAUGGGAGUGGGAGGGGUGCGUGCUCACUGGGUCACUGAGUACACUCGCACAGCACCCCUGCCUCUUUUUUAUUCAGUAGAGAUCAGAGCUAGGCAUUGAAACAGGAGUUGGAUGAAGGGAGAAGGAGCAAAGAAACGGGGAGAGAGGCUGAUAUUAUAGUGACGUAUCAUCACUCCCCUAUCUUUACUCUUGCUCACCUUUCUCUGUGUCUCUCCUGUCUUGCUGUAGUGUGUCGUAGUUCUAGAGCUUGAUUAAUCUUCCUCCCUGACUCAUUAUAUUAUCUAUAAGAAUAAGAACUGCUAACAGGGUGUAUGUUAUGUGAAAAAUUAGUUCAGUCUGCUUCCCUUUAUAGUCACCGCAUAACCAGGAUAAAUGCUCUUCAGGGAAGGUUUGUGUGGGAAAGGAUAAGGGAUGAGACAGAAGGGUCCUUACUCAACACAGUUGGAGGUGGCGCAUCAAGCAACUCAGACCUUGCGUGUAUUUGUAUGAGCAAAUGCAGGUGUAUCCUGUUGUUAAACUGUCCAUGAACGUUAUAUAUGAGCAUGUAUAUGCACAUGUAUGGAAGGAUUUGUGCAUGCAGAGGUUGGCUGAAGCAGGUAAUAUCAUGUAUGUGGGAGAGUGUGUGUGUUUGUGUGUGUCUGUGUGCGUGUGCGUGCGUUGCUGAGUGAUGAGAUGCGUGUGUGAAUGGCUAGAUCAUUCCGUGUGAGACGCACACAGCAUUCCUACUCUAGUUGGAAUAGCUACUGUAGGUGUAGAAGUGCAUUUAGAAGUGAUUCCUCAUAUCCAAAUCAUUAAGAAGUCACUGCUAUGGCUGAUCGCAAGUCUACGACAAUGACAGAUCAUCUGAGCUUCUAAUGUCUCAACUACCCUGGCGACUUUGUGGCCAGAUGACACUGUAGGAUCUGUAUAGCAUUCACCAUAGUUUAUACCUUACGUGCACAAAAUAGAGAAGUAGUGGUCACUUAAAGGGGACACUUGUAGCUGCUUUGGGUAUGUAGCUGGCCACUGGGUGAGAGUAAAAGGUUGGUAGACCAUUGCACUUCCGUUUUUCAUCUCAUUUCCUUCACAUAAAAAAGGAAAAGAAUAAAAACCAGUCAGCCUUCAUCUUGCGUAGCCUUUUCCUCUUUCAUUGAAAGAGGAAAAGGCUCCAUUUCCUACGCCAGGAAGAAGAAAGCGAUAGCAAGGAAGGAAAAAUAAAAAAAAAUGGAUUCAGGGUAUUGAGUUAUUUCUGGAUAGGAAAAUAAAUAUAUGGGCACAAAGCUGUUGGACUCUUGAGUCACCAAGCCCCACAGAAAUGACUUUGGGGACAAAAACAUUGUCCAGCUCCCCUCCCAGCUAAGGGGAGAUUGGAAAUAGCCUGAACUAUUUCCCUUCCGGCCCCACGUGUCAUAUACUAAGAGGUAGGAAAAGGCUGAGCUUAGCAGCCAAAGCGGUGGCCGAAACUCCCCAGGUGCCCUCCUGGGGGCCUUUUUGUUAUGUGUAAUGUUAUCUCUAUAUGUUUGUUUUGUUAAACUAUGUUGUUGUUUAUGUUGUUUAGCCCUCUUACCAGAUGAAAAUGGCUUCAGUGAAAAGGGGGAGUAAACUUAAAAAUAUGAAUGUAAAUUUAGUCACGAGGUUAAUGAAGUACAGCUGCAUUAAUGGUAGAGUUGGUUUCAGUUCCUUUUUGUUUCUGUUUUGACACAAAUAACCUGUUAAAAGAACCGUAUAACGUCUGGUAUGCAUAUAUACAGUAGUCCUAGGAACAUGUCAGUAAACUUGGGUUCUGUAUCCACAAAGCAUGAGCAACACUUGCUUCCUAACCGUUUAUAUCUUCAGCAAAUCUGGCAUUGUGCGCACAGCUUUUGUUCCCGCUUAUAUUUUCUGCCCUCUUCAUCUUCCAUAUCUCUGUUGAUUUUUUUUUUUUUUUUUUUUUUUUUUUUUAAUUUUAUUCAUUAUAGACCGCAGAUUGGAAAUAUUCCACAGAACUAUCUGCCAUGUCUCAGUCACUAUAUCGGAGCUGUUGAAUUAUUCCUCUGCCCUCAAGCAAACACUCGUGCACUGCACCUCCUCUGGAUGAAGUUCAUAUGUUUCAGUGUGUGUGUGCAUGUGUGUGAUGGUACUGGGGCGCCUUUAGGUUCAGGCAGGAGUGUUAAAACACAGCGUGACCAACUGCAGGGGCGCACAAGCAUCCCCUUGGGUGUGGUUACAAGCCUUUUGCGCGUGGGCGUACGUGUUUCGUGUACGAGAAGUGAGUGACUGCGUGAUAUGAAAACCAAAAUACUGUAAAUCUGCCUAAACAGCAUACCCCUUGGCAGUGUAUGGGCCACCUGUUAUUUUAUUAUUUUUUUUCUGUGGGUUAGUUUCAGUGUAAAAAAGCCUUGCUGUCUCCAAUAAUCUCAAGCCAUUCCUGUAGAUGGACAUGUUUGUGUUUUUGGACCAUUUCUUAUGCCAUAGUUUGCCAUCACGGUUAUCAUACAGACCAAAAGCAUGCAAAUCGACGUAUUGUAGUGACUGGACUGGAAUCUGGUGGUAAUAUACAACUAUUUACUGUAUGUUUUAGUUAAAAUGAAUGUGCCUCUGCUUUGAUAUUUCAAUAAUUAUCUAUAGUAAGAUGUGAUCUGCCAGAUUUCAACUGUUAAGGUGCCUUGUUAUGGCAUAAGAAAUUUGAAUAGUAAACGAGCAUUUUCUUGAGAAACGACAGUAUAAUUUGGAGAUAGAGUUCAUGGCUUUGUUUGCUAUGAAGCUGUUCAUAGAUGUAGGGGUGUGGCUAAACUGUUUUGGUAUCGUGUACAUGUCUAGGGUAAUACUGUGCCAUAUAGAGCCCACAGAAUAUGUUAAUGUUAUUUUUAAAAGAUGUUUUAAUGUUGCCUGAUGACUUUGUCUUUAGAUUUGAUACGAAGGCUUGUAGCCACAGCUCUCCCAAAGUCUGUAGUCUCCUCCCCCCCGACCUCCCUCUUGUUCUCUCUCUCUCCCCUCGUUUCCGUCUCCCUUUUCUCUUUCUCUUUGCUGCAAUCAAACAAAAUAAAGUAUUAACCUGAUGACCCAAUGAAAUCA